AUGCGGCUUUUCCCCCACCGUGCGAUUCCUGCUGCCCCAUCGCGUGCACACAAGUGGGGGCGUCGGUUUCUUGUGGGGGCGGCCGUGACGGCAGCAGGUAUUGCGUGUGUGGACUGCGCAACGGCCAACUCGCUCACCCGUUCGCUGCGAGCCGUGAAGACGGCAGCGUGCAUCGCUUACCUGUACAAGACGACGUCGCCUACAACACCUGAGGAGUGUGCGGACCUCCAUCGCACGGCAGCCGAGGCCGUUUUGAGUGUGUGUCUGCAGAAUGAGGGGCUUUACAUCAAACUGGGGCAGGGACUCAACGCGUUGAACCACGUCCUCCCACGCGAAUACAUGGAGGUUCUCAAGGUGCUGCUCGACAACGCCCCGUCGGUGCCGGUGGCAGAUAUCAGGCGCAUCAUCAUGGAGGAAACGGGCAAGUCCGUGGAGGAGCUUUUCACGCGCUUCGACCCGGUGCCGGUGGCCUCCGCCUCGAUAGCGCAGGUGCAUCGUGCCUGGCUGCGGCCUCCGACCCCAGACGGCAUACCGGUUGAGGUUGCCGUGAAGGUACAGAAGCCGCAGAUUCGCUACCAGGUGUUCUGGGACCUGCAGACGUACCGCCUUGUCACGUGGGCGAUUGGUGCCCUCUUUGACCUCCCACUGGCGUGGGCGCGUCAGACCGUCGUGGAGGGCAUUCGUCGCGAGGUGGACUUCUCCAUCGAGGCGAGCAACGCGGCACGUAUUCGGCGCGACCUCGCCACACACCCAAACGUGUACGUUCCAAUGGUGUAUGAAGAGUUCGUCACUCCACGCAUGCUGGUGCUGGAGUGGAUAGAUGCUGUAAAGCUCAUAGAUGUGGAUACAGUACGCGAGCACUUUGAUGAAGUUAGGGUUCUGCGCACCAUAUUUGACGCCUUUGGGGACAUGAUCUUCAAGCACGGCUUUGUCCACUGCGACCCACACGCAGCGAACAUUCUGGUUCGGCCUUCCCCGAGUGAAGCGUGGCGGAAUGGGUCGAAAAAGCCGCUUAUGGGGAAGUUUAAGAAUCCUCAGGUCGUGCUGCUGGACUUCGGUCUCUGUUGCCCGGAGACGGAGCGGUUUCGUAUGGAGUAUGCGCUGCUCUUCAAGUCGAUUGUGUCGCAGGAUAUUGAGACCGUAAAGAAGGUCGUCGGGUCAUGGGGCAUUACUGACGCGGAAAUGUUUGCCUCUAUACAGUUGCAAAAGCCGUACGAAUCCUUCCGGCGCGGCAAGAUCGGCGAGGUUACAAAAGAGGAAGUCCGUCAAAUGCAACUUGCCGCACAUAGUCGCGCCAAAACACUACUAGCUAAUCAAGAGGAGGUGCCACGCGAGUUGGCAUUGGUAGGGCGCAGCAUUGAUAUUCUGCGCGGACUGAAUCGCCUCUACGGCGCGCCACUCAACCGGGUGAAUAUGUUCGUGCGAAGCGCGGUGGCGGGGCUCGGCCCCAUCGACACUUACGCGGGUGUGCAGCGCUACCUCGCACAGCUAGAGUGUAUCUUCUCCCCCGCGGCAGCACAGGAACCGCAGCCAGCAUCAGCGGCAGCAGCAACAAGGAUGGCGACGGCUCUGCCUGUGUUCGACCCUGACGCUGAUCAGCGACGGCGAGAGCAGGCGGCGGCGGCUGCCGAAUUUCGAAUGAGGCGUGAUGCCUCUUUGCGUGAGCGGAUGUACGCAGCUACUGUAUCCAUACAGAAAAAAAUAGUGUUUGAAUUGGUGCUUUUUUUGCUAGAUGCCCAUCACGUGGUGAUGCGGUGGUACAACAAGGUACUCGAAAUGUGCCUGUCGCCCACCAACGCCGCGGCGCUGCACAGGGACUCGCUGGAGGACUUGCUGGAGAGGCGAGAGCUUCAGUUUGUUUCAACGCCGCCUCCUUUGCAGACAACAGCUUAA